AUGUGCACCUGCCUCCCCCUCACUGGAAGGGGUGAGAGGCGGGGGGCUCCCCUCCUGGGGGUAGCUGACACCAAGAUGUACAGGCACAUCUCCUUGGUUGCAGCCACACUCGUCCCCAGAGGCACAUUUGUGCACAUGCUCACAGGCCCUCUCAUGUGUGGGCUGCGGAUGACCAGGCCCCAUCUUGGCCCCUCCCCUAGGGGCCUGCAGCCUGGUGCCCAGGGCCCAGGCCCCUCCCCACCUCAGCAGGGUGGGUGCAGGGCCCACUCUGGAUGGCAGCCUGGGUCCCCGUCUCAGCUCUGCCCCUGGGUGGCUGGGAUGAGAGGUCCUCUCUGA